AUGUCUACGACGCCAAACAAUAAUAAUCGAUUUUUUAAUCGUAUAGCAAAUACUUAUAUUCAUAGUGAUUCAAUCAAUGAGACAAGUAGAACACCUGCUCCUGCCGGUGAUGGCAGUGGUCCGUCAUCAACAUGGGUUGAUUCAUUAAUACAACUUGAUCGUGUAUUUUCUGGUACUCUACUUCGUUUAUGCUAUAAUCUCAUUGAUAUUGUUCUUCUAUCUCUUGGUCUUUAUUAUGGUGCAAGGAUCUGUGGCAACUCCAAUGCUCUCGCGGUGAUAUCCAUUCUUAUACUUGUUUUUAGCAGUCUCGGACUGGCUUGUACCCUUCUGUUUCUCAUACGAAACUGUAUUUUCUUUGGUGUUGUGGCAUCUGCUAUGAUUAAAACCCAUGCAUCGGAAUGUAUAUAUACUCGUAUCGAAGAUCUUUAUUUUAAUGUACCACUAAAAUCAUUUGCUUACGUUGGGCUUAUUUUAAUUGCUUCUAACAUUGGGUUCAGUAUACUUACUGCUAUUCUCAAUCAACUAUUUUAUCGAUUGCCAAAUUUUCGAAGAAUUUUAGUUCAUUUAUCAGCUGUUCAUUAUGUAGUAUUUUAUUUAAAAACGGUCGUUAUUGUCUAUUAUUUUUCCGUUGGAGCUGUUCUUCUAUUUCGACCUCGUUCAGGUGGAUCGUGUCGUGCCGUAGCUCCCGAUCUUUACAAAACUCUUUUGAUAUGGGAAUUAAUUCGUGUUUUUUUGCCACUUAUUAUCUGGCCGCUUGCAUUUCUUGUUUGUUGCCUUGGCGUUGCAUUUGGAGGUUGCCUUGCACUAUGUUUCCCGGCAUCGAUUGGUGUUCCACUUCUCGAAAUGAUUCAGGAAAGAUUACCGAAUGUUCCUGGUGCAAACAACCCAGAUCCUCCGGCAUCACCUGGUAGUAUUGAAACUUUACCAAUGGUAGUUUUUGGUGAAGAGUCUGAUGAAUUCAAUCAAACUCAAUGAAAAAGAAUAUUGGAGAUCAACAUUGCAAUGGCAAACAUUUUUCUGCUGAUGAUAUACUUUAUAGUUUAUCCAUUGACAUUACAACAGCAAUAUAAUUUGUUUCAAUCAUCUAUUCAUUUAACUCAAUUCGGUACUCGUUUUCAACCACAAGAUCCUAUUGAACUGUUAAAUAUUUUUUCAAGCGUUUCAUCGUUACUUCGAUGUUCAAUGUUAUGUAAUCAAAAUCGUCAAUGUCGUACAUUUGAUUAUGACCGAUCAUCAUCAGUAUGCCGUUUAUUCCAAAGUGAAUAUUCAACUGGAAUAAUUCUUACUAAUUCAAGUUCAGUGACAUCAAGAAUAGGUGCAAUACUUUAUAAUACAACAGCUACUUCACAAUUUUAUUCAGCUUAUAAUCAAACAUGUGAUCAAUGCAGUACUGGUGGUAAUCGAUAUCUUGAAUGUAUAAAUAAUACAUGUCAAUGUCCAUUAUAUACCUAUUGGACUGGUCAAAAGUGUUCGAAUCAAUUGUAUAAUGGAGAGAAUUGUACUUCAAUGCUAGCUUGUCGACAAGAUUUGAAUCUUACUUGUAAUACUCAAACAAAUACAUGUACUACAGACAUAGUAUGUAAUACAUGUGGACUUCAACAACCACCUAUUAUUUAUAAUAUCAAUGCGGGUCCACAAUCGGUCAUUUCUGCUGAUUUCAAUAAAGAUGGACAUUGGGAUUUGGCAAUCACUGAUUAUUCUACAAAUUCUAUCUCAAUACUUUUGGGUAUUGGUAAUGGUUCGUUUCAACAGCCUGCAAUGGUCUAUGGAUCUGGUGGCACUAAUCCUUAUGGACUUGUUUCUGAAGAUUUUAAUAAGGAUGGAAAUCUCGAUUUGGCUAUGUGUAAUGAAGGAUCCGGUAAUAUCGCUAUUUUUUUGGGUUAUGGCAACGGAUCUUUUCAAACGGCUGCAACUCUUGGCAGCGGAGGGACACUUCCAUCGGGAAUCGUUGCUGCUGAUUUUAAUAAUGAUAACAUAACUGACUUAGCUGUCACAAAUACAGGUUCGGAUUACAUCACCAUUUUUCUCGGUUAUAUUAAUGGUGGAUUUCAAAUACCUGGAACAUCAUAUGCAGCUUCUUCACAUCCUUCACUUUUAAUUAGUGGAGACUUCAAUUCCGAUGGUAGGAUUGAUCUUGCCGUGGUAUGUCGGGGUAACAAUCAACUACUCAUCUUUCUUGGGUUUGGUAAUGGAUUUUUCCAAAACAAUGCAACGUAUACAACAGGAACUGCUCCCUAUUCAGUUAGAACGUCUGAUUUCAAUGGCGACUCAAAACUUGAUCUAGCUGUUGCCAAUUAUGGUUCCAACUCGGUUAGUAUUUUUAUCGGCACUGGUACAGGUGGAUUUAUUGCAGCUAGUCCUGCAACAUACUCUACAACUAGUUCUAGCCCUAUUGAUAUAGCUAUACAAGAUCUAAACGGAGAUUCAAAGAUGGAUCUGGCUGUGUGUAAUCAAGUGGGAAAUACGAUUAUUGUUUUUUUAGGAAAUGGAAAUGAUACUUUUAGACAAGGGCAAAACUAUUCAUCGAUGGGACAACAACUUCAGUCAAUUAUAGCUCAAGAUUUUAACAAGGAUGGAAAAUACGAUUUGGCUGUGACCAAUCAGAAUAGUAACAACCUAGCCAUUUUACUAACACAAUGUGUCUAA